CUCUCGCUCGCUCUCUGUCUCUCUCUCUUCUGUUGGGAAGACGGCGGCGCCCUCUCGGCUGUCAGCUGCAUCUGAGAGGCAGGCAGCUCGCCUCCUCGGACACCGGCUCCCCGGCGCGACUUUUUCCCGGAGGUCGGCUGGCGCGAUUCGGUGGCUGAAGUUGCAGGAGCUGAGAGGGUGGUGGCCGAGGAGGAGACUUUGUUCGGUGUGCCAGCCACCUUUCGGCGGAUGAGCCGGGGAGACUGUGAAAGGAGGGCAUCUUGGAAGUGCAAGCCGGGCUUUGUGCUGCCUGCCUGCCUCCCUGCCCUCGGUCCUUUCUCCCACUUAGAGCUGCGCGCCAGGGCACGAUCCGCCGCCAGCAUGUUGGACCCGUCGUCCAGCGAGGAGGAAUCCGAUGAGAUCGUGGAAGAGGAGAGCAGCAAGGAGGUGCUGGCCCCGGCGGCUUCUGGGGCACGGCUCUCGCCGAGCCGGACCAGCGAGAGCUCGGGGGCGGCGGGGGCUUGCAGCCCAGCAGCCGGAGCGGCAGCAGCGUCCGGCCUUCCAGCCCCAGCCCCCGGUGGUGAGCGAGAAGGAAAGGAAGAGCUCGAGCGGCUGCAGAAGGAGGAAGAGGAGCGCAAAAAGAAGCUGCAGCUGUACGUCUUCGUCAUGAGGUGCAUCGCCUACCCCUUCAAUGCCAAGCAGCCCACCGACAUGGCUCGGAGGCAACAGAAGAUAAGUAAACAGCAGCUCCAAACCGUCAAGGAUCGCUUCCAAGCCUUCCUCAAUGGAGAAACUCAGAUUGUUGCAGAUGAAGCCUUCAUGAAUGCCGUCCAGAGCUAUUACGAGGUGUUUCUGAAAAGUGACCGCGUUGCCAGAAUGGUUCAGAGUGGUGGUUUCUCAGCUAACGACUCUCGGGAAGUCUUCAAGAAGCAUAUUGAAAAGAGGGUCCGAAGUCUCCCCGAGAUCGAUGGCCUCAGCAAGGAGACUGUUCUGAGUUCCUGGAUGGCGAAAUUUGAUGCGAUCUAUCGCGGUGAAGAGGAUCCUCGCAAAGCGCAAGCCAGGAUGACCGCAAGUGCUGCUUCAGAGCUGAUUCUCAGCAAGGAACAACUGUAUGAGAUGUUCCAGAACAUCUUGGGCAUCAAGAAAUUUGAGCACCAGCUUCUGUACAAUGCAUGUCAGCUGGACAAUCCAGACGAACAAGCAGCACAAAUUAGGCGGGAGCUCGAUGGACGUCUCCAAAUGGCAGAUCAGAUCGCCAAGGAGCGCAAAUUUCCUAAAUUUGUAUCCAAAGAAAUGGAAAACAUGUACAUUGAGGAACUGAAGUCUUCGGUCAAUUUGCUAAUGGCAAACCUGGAAAGCAUGCCAGUGUCCAAAGGUGGCUCCGAGUUUAAGUUACAAAAACUAAAACGAAGCCACAACACCUCCAUCAUCGACUUGGGAGAAGAAAAUGAAAACCAGCUCUCAAAGUCAGACGUUGUGUUGUCUUUUUCCCUGGAGGUUGUCAUCAUGGAAGUCCAAGGUCUCAAAUCCUUAGCACCCAACCGCAUUGUAUAUUGCACGAUGGAAGUGGAGGGGGGAGAAAAGCUACAGACGGAUCAAGCCGAAGCAUCAAAGCCAACAUGGGGGACUCAAGGUGACUUUAACACGACGCACGCCCUUCCAGCAGUGAAGGUGAAGCUGUUUACCGAGAGCACCGGUGUGCUGGCUUUAGAAGACAAAGAACUCGGGCGGGUCGUUCUUCAUCCUACACCCAACAGCCCCAAGCAAUCAGAGUGGCACAACAUGGCUGUUUCCAAAAACUGUCCCGAUCAGAACCUGAAAAUCAAACUUGCAGUCCGAAUGGAUAAACCUCAAAACAUGAAGCACUCUGGAUAUUUGUGGGCCAUUGGCAAAAAUGUCUGGAAGAGAUGGAAGAAAAGGUUCUUUGUGCUGGUCCAGGUUAGCCAAUAUACCUUUGCUAUGUGCAGUUACCGAGAGAAAAAGGCUGAGCCUCAAGAGCUGUUGCAGCUUGACGGAUACACGGUGGACUACACAGACCCACAGCCAGGUUUGGAGGGCGGCAGAGCAUUUUUUAAUGCAGUGAAAGAAGGCGACACAGUGAUUUUUGCAAGCGACGAUGAGCAAGACCGAAUCCUGUGGGUCCAAGCCAUGUACCGAGCCACUGGCCAGUCCCACAAGCCUGUGCCCCCCACUCAAGUUCAAAAGCUUAAUGCUAAAGGAGGAAACGUGCCCCAGCUAGAUGCCCCAAUCUCUCAGUUUUCUGGACUUAAGGAUGCAGAUAGAGCUCAAAAGCAUGGCAUGGAUGAAUUUAUCUCUUCCAAUCCCUGUAACUUUGACCACGCUGCACUCUUUGAGAUGCUUCAGCGCCUCACUUUGGACCACAGACUUAAUGAUUCCUAUUCUUGUCUGGGCUGGUUCAGUCCCGGCCAGGUAUUUGUGCUGGAUGAGUACUGUGCACGUAACGGAGUCAGAGGCUGUCACAGGCAUCUCUGCUACCUCAGCGACUUGCUUGAGAGAGCAGAAAAUGGAGCGAUGAUUGACCCUACCUUGCUUCACUACAGCUUUGCCUUUUGUGCAUCGCAUGUCCAUGGCAACAGGCCUGAUGGAAUAGGAACUGUAACAGUAGAAGAAAAAGAGCGGUUUGAAGAAAUCAAAGAGAGGCUGCGGUUGUUAUUGGAAAAUCAAAUCACACAUUUUAGGUAUUGCUUUCCAUUCGGCCGACCAGAAGGCGCUUUAAAAGCCACACUAUCACUCCUGGAAAGGGUUCUGAUGAAAGACAUAGUUACUCCAGUCCCUCAAGAGGAGGUAAAGACCGUCAUCCGUAAAUGCUUAGAGCAAGCUGCAUUGACUAACUAUACACGGCUCUCAGAGUAUGCCAAAAUUGAAGGGAAAAAGAGAGAAAUGUAUGAGCAUCCUGUCUUCUGCUUGGCCUCUCAAGUGAUGGAUUUAACCAUUCAGAAUCAAAAGGAUGCAGCUCGAUCGUCAGUGCCCAAGCCCCCAGCUGGGCCCACUCCAUCCAUUCAAACGCAGACUAACAUGAUAAAUCAGAUGCUGAAAGGCAUACCUAAGCAAGCACCAAGUAACCAAAAUGUAGGUCGGUUAGUCACACCUGCCAAAAAGCUAGAAGAUACAAUUCGCUUGGCGGAAUUGGUAAUUGAAGUCCUACAGCAGAACGAAGAGCACCAUGCAGAGGGGAAAGAGGCCUUUGCUUGGUGGUCAGAUUUAAUGGUUGAGCAUGCGGAAACCUUCCUUUCCUUGUUUGCGGUGGAUAUGGAUGCUGCGCUAGAGGUCCAGCCCCCAGAUACCUGGGACAGCUUUCCACUCUUUCAGCUUCUAAAUGAUUCGCUUCGUAGUGACUAUAAUUUGUGCAAUGGAAAAUACCACAAACAUCUUCAGGACCUGUUUGCCCCACUUGUUGUUAGAUAUGUCGAUCUCAUGGAAUCCUCAAUUGCACAGUCAAUUCACAGGGGAUUUGAGCGGGAGUCAUGGGAGCCAGUAAAGAGUUUAACAAGUAAUCUGCCCAAUGUGAACCUACCAAAUGUGAAUCUCCCCAAAGUUCCAAAUCUACCAGUUAACAUCCCGCUAGGCAUCCCCCAAAUGCCUGCCUUUUCCGCACCGUCAUGGAUGGCUGCUAUAUAUGAUGCUGACAAUGGAUCAGGAACAUCAGAAGAUCUGUUUUGGAAAUUGGAUGCCUUACAGACCUUCAUCAGGGAUUUACACUGGCCUGAGGAAGAGUUUGGGAAACACCUAGAACAGCGCUUAAAACUUAUGGCUAGUGAUAUGAUUGAGUCCUGUGUGAAGAGAACCAGGAUUGCGUUUGAAGUAAAGCUGCAAAAAACAAGCCGGUCAACAGAUUUCAGAGUCCCUCAGUCAAUAUGCACCAUGUUUAAUGUUAUGGUUGAUGCCAAAGCUCAGUCAACAAAACUUUGCAGUAUGGAAAUGGGCCAAGAGUUUGCUAAAGAGUGGCACCAGUAUCACUCAAAAAUAGAUGAACUAAUUGAAGAAACCGUCAAGGAAAUGAUAACGCUCCUAGUUGCAAAGUUUGUCACAAUUCUGGAAGGAGUCUUGGCCAAACUAUCCAGAUACGACGAAGGGACGUUGUUUUCUUCUUUCCUGUCAUUUACUGUGAAGGCAGCUUCCAAAUACGUGGAUGUGCCCAAACCAGGGAUGGAUGUUGCUGACGCCUACGUGACCUUCGUGCGCCAUUCUCAGGACAUCCUGCGUGAUAAGGUCAAUGAGGAGAUGUAUAUAGAAAGGUUAUUUGAUCAAUGGUACACCAGCACCAUGAACAUGGUUUGCACGUGGCUGACAGACCGCAUGGACCUUCAGCUCCACAUCUAUCAACUGAAAACCCUUAUCAGGAUAGUAAAGAAAACAUACAGAGAUUUCCGAUUGCAAGGAGUCCUGGAUUCCACCUUGAAUAGCAAAACCUAUGACACAGUGCGAAACCGUCUGACUGUAGAAGAAGCCACAGCCUCCGUAAGCGAAGGCGGAGGACUUCAAGGAAUCACCAUGAAAGACAGUGAUGAAGAAGAUGAAGAGGAUGAUUAACUCUCUAGAAGCCCCCCAACUUGGAUGUAGCCUGGAAACCAGUGCAUGUAAUCUAGUCUGUUAUUCAGUUUAGCCACAUUAGGAAAUUUUCUGUCUGCUCUAAAUGCCCAUGGAAAGUCUACCAAUACAAUUUGCCAUUUUAGCUGUGUGGUACUUAAGAUUUAGCACCUCUGUUUCGAUCCAUUGAGUUUCCCCGAUUUCAUAUCUAUAUGUUCAUAAGCAAUAUGGAGCACUGUUGUUUAAAAACUGUUAAUGGAAAAAAACUGCAUAGAAAACAUGCUAGGUGUGUCCCUGUUAUAACUAAAGUAUAAAUGAUGCUUCAUUAAUGUACUAUAUAUACAUUGACGGUAAAUCGUUGUGAAGACAAGUGAAACAAGUACUUUCAUAUCUUUGUUUCUCUCCUGUGGGUGCCGAUUGCUUCGAAACAGAGUGAGGCUACUACUACAAAUGACACCUCUUUUGUACAUUUGGGGGCGGUUGGGGGCGGGGGUUAGGAAAUGCAUAAACCGGAAGUUGGAAUUAUUCCCGUUUAAUAGACCCAAGCACUUUCCCUCCAAAUAUAUACAGCUAACUUUGUAGAAGUGACAUACCAAUGGAAUAUAAUAGUCAUCCAUAUUGCCACAACGGGUUGGCCCUUCAUCACCUUGUCCACAUGACGAUUCAGAGCAGUUGUUUUACGUCCGCGUCUUUCCCCCCCCCUCUAAAUGUUACACUUUCGUUCAGAGUUCCGAUAACUGUGUUUGUAAAAAGGACAACUUUAAUUACAAUCUUAGACUAUACAGAUGUGUUUAUAAUAACGAGGAUAAUAAUAAUAAUAAUAACUAAUAAUAAUAACGAUAAUGACAAUAUAUGAAGAUUUCUUUUGGUAGAUUGUAACCAUAAUUUAAAUCUCCUUUUGUUUUCACAAUGGUUUUUAUAUCUUGUCAUGUACAUUGCAUUUGGACCAGUAACUUGCAUGUCCUUGGGUUCCCCCUUUCCCUUCCAGAAGCUUUUAUUUUCUGUGUAAAAUAGUGGAUCCAUCUUGCUUUUUUGCCUUAUACAAGCCAACAGUUGUAACAGUGUGAGGACUGUGGCUUCUCAAUAAAUAAUUAUUCAGAUGUCCUAAGAAUAAA